AUGCACACACUUUCAACAUUACCCGUCGAACUAGUUUAUCGAAUUAUGGAUCAUCAAAAUGACCGGACGCUAUUUUGCUCAAUGCAAAAUAUUUGUCGACGGCUCAAUCAGAUCCUGAGUACUUACCAGCGAUAUCAAACACUCACUACACUUGACCUCAGAGGCAACGAAAUCGGUGACGAAGGAGCACAACACCUUGCUAAUGCGCUCCGAACGAAUACGACACUCACCACACUUGACCUCUGGCGCAACGAAAUCGGUGCUGAAGGAGCACAACACAUUGCGGAUGUGUUGCGAACGAAUACGACACUCACCACACUUAACCUAGGUGAGAACGGAAUCGGUGCUGAAGGAGCACAACACAUUGCGGCUGCGCUGCGAAGGAAUACAACACUCACCACACUUGGCCUCAAUGGGAACGAAAUCGGUGCUGAAGGAGCACAACACAUUGCGGAUGUGUUGCGAACGAAUACGACACUCACUACACUAGACCUCAGUGGGAACGAAAUCGGUGCUGAAGGAGCACAACAGAUUGCGGAUGCGUUGAGAACGAAUACGACACUCACCACACUAGACCUCAGACGCAACGAAAUCGGUAAUGAAGGAGCACAACACAUUGCAGAUGCAUUGGAAAGGAAUAUAAGCGCCAAGAUGGUACGGGUCUGGCUUUAA